ACGUGACGUAGUACAUGAUCACGACUUGAAAAGGCGUGGAAGGGCUGACAAACACUAGCCUACAGGACAGAAGAAGAGCGGAAAAGAAAACAUUCUUAACGUGGGAUUAUUCGCGACAACUUUUGGCUACCCGGUUUGGUCCGCAAAGAGUUCUGAGCGAUAACUCAGAAAUUCUGAAGAAUGACUUAGAAAACCGGAAAUGUUCAAGAACUCGGUAGCUGAAUUAAGGGUGUCGCCUUCGUACUUAAUGGAAGUCCAAAGUAGAGCGGAGCAUGCGGGUGCGGUACGAAGUUACCAGUCGGAGUUCAAAAGCGGACGAGGAAACAACACUGCUUUUUAAAAGUUGGCUGGCAAAAUUGACGUCGCUUGGUUUCACUUUGUAAAGAAAAAUGGAGAUUAUCAAAUAGAAAUUAAGUGCCUAUGUUAUUCACGGAAAUGUAACUACCUAACGAUGAAAGAGGCUGAGAACUGACGUGAACACUUGGAGCGCUCACACUGCUGUGGGACAUGCGGUCUGCCUUGAAGUAGUCUAUACCGAAAAUGACAGAGCAGAAGUAUGCAGCCCGACGACAUAGCUAGCAAACAAGCGAGCUAGGAUCCACUGGGAUACGCUUUGAGAACUUUUAAGACUUGAGACUCCAAACACUGGCUUGGUGGAAUACGCAGUAGAAACUGUAGCCUACCGACAAGAUAGGCUAAAUCGAUUCCACCGAAGGAUUCCUCUCUAAAUAACGUUUAAGUUUUAAAAAGUUUUACCAUCUCUCCAUUUGAAUAUUUUCACUGUUUGAUCCGACUACAGUACUGACCGAGAGCAUAUUUAACUUGCUACAGUGGCUGCCUGGCUAGCUAAGUUUUGACAAAAUAGCCAAACUACAAAAUGUUGUCAGCUCUUGUGCGACGAUGGCUCAACAGGCCCAAGCGGUCUGACACCCGGCCCCUCGCUCGCUUCUUCUUUGCGGACGAGGAGGUGACCCGCGUGACGAUGGAGCUCAACGCGGUCGACCUACGCAAGGACCCCCAGAAGUAUCUGGUGCUGCUCAACCGACUACGAGUGAGCCAGGAUCAGAUGCUGCGCUCCAUCGAGCUGGUGAUGGAGGACUGCAUCCCAGCGCAGCGGCAGAGCAGAGAUUACCACGUCAAGUUCCCGGACGAGAUCCUGCACGAGAACCUGGGCGUGCAGCUGUGGUUCGCCGCCGAGUGCCUCUCCGCGGGCUCCUUCCUGGAGGUGCGGGAGGUGGAGGGGCAGCGCUUGCGCCCCCUGGCGGAGCAGAUGCUGCAGUGCCUGGAGGACGCCCGGUUGCAGCUGAGGGAGCAGAGCCUGGGGGACGGCCACGCCUACUCUCUGCCCCUGCGCGAAGCCCUCCUGCGCUACGACUCCGCCUUCUCGCAGUUUGAGCUCAGCUACGUUUCCACGGUGAUCCCGGUCAAGUCGGCCGAGGAGCUUCAGAGGCAGCAGGAGAUCGUGGUGCUUUUCUGCGAGACCGUCGACAGAGCACUCAAACUGGGCUACCUAAAGCAGGAGCUGAUCGAUGGCUACGAGCCCCUUGUUAUGUUCACCAUUCCACGGCUGGCCAUUAUCUGCGGCCUGCUGAUCUUCCCGGACGGUCCCCUGAAUCUACAGCACGGGUCCCAGGGCAUGUCCAGCCUGUUCAGUCCCUUCUACACCCUGCUCGUUAAAAUCAGGGACCUGCUGCGUAUCCUGACGAAGGAGGAGCUAUACGUGCUGGAGAAGAGCCUGUGUGCAGCCGAGUCCAGCGGCCUGCUGUGCUCGGCGCCCCCUGCUGGCCACUCCCCUACUGACUAUGUGCCAAUGAGGGCAGGGGACUAUGGGGGGUCUCGGCGCAGGCUGUUCCGCAGUGCGCAUGCCGUCCCGCCCCCCCUCCGCCCGACCACACCCUCAGAGACUGAGCCACACCCCCACAGCAUCGCCUUGGGCGAUGAUCGCACAGCGGUCCACUCACCCCCACAGCCCAGCUCCGCGCCUUCCCCUGAACUUCCAAGCGGGGCCCCCCCCUCCGUUCACCACAUGCCGUCCUCACCUUUGCCCCCAGAGCCAGCCUCACCCACAUCCUCAGCUCCGCCCACAAUCCUGGCCCUGCCCACAACCCCGCCCUCUGGCCUGUCCACAGCCGCUGGCUCCACUCCGUCCCCUCAGGCAGACUGUGUGACCAGGCCCCAGCCUGGGGAGCAGAUUGCGAACGCUACCGGGCUAGCCGCCCCGGUCAGGGAGCGGUUCUAUUACUACCGCAGUCCAGCAGAGCCCAGAGUGGGAACCGUCGCCGAAUGCACCUGGCGAUCCCGCCGCAGGCAGAGCUGGCACUGCGGCCAGUUACCCCCCGGCACAGACCCCCGGAGGCCGGGCAUGGGGCACAACGCCAGGCACGCCAGCAGCCGGGACCUGCGGGCGCGCUACAGCAGCAGCAACGACAUGGUGCACCGGCUCUUCGUCUGCAUCUCGGGGGUAGCCGACCAGCUGCAGACUAACUUUGCCAGUGACAUGCGAGCGAUUCUGAAAAGCGUCUUUGAGCUCAUUGUCUCCAGAGACGACUCGGAGGAAGAAAACGUCGAAAAUAAGAGGAUGGAGGAAGAGGAGAAGACGGUGCAGGAGGAGUCUGGCCUUCAGCAGGAGGGCUGUGAGCUGUGCGUGGAUCAGAGAAGGGGAGUACCCAGAGUGGGUAACGUCGCAGGGCCCCCGGUCUGGGUCCCGGACAGCGCCUGCGACCACUGCAUGGCCUGCCACGCCCCGUUCACUCUGCUGCGUCGCCGACACCACUGCCGGAGCUGUGGGAAGAUCUUCUGCUCUCGGUGCUCGCCCAACGAGGCCCCCCUCCCCCGCCUCGGCCAGCGGACGCCGGUGCGCGUGUGCAACCACUGUUUCAGCUGCCACACCGUGGGUGAAACGGCACAGCUCUGACCUGCACCGGCACCGACCAGAGGCGUCUGGGAGAAAAAAUGCAGUUAUAACAUGGCUGACACCAAUGGGCACAGAGUGCAUCGCUAGGCUCUACGCGCGCAAUGUGCGAGGCGUUCCGCGGCUCUCUGUCCUGACGCUCCUUCGCCAUCUCGUUCGGAUCCUCAGAAGGACCACUCGCCGUGGUGCUCAUGUUCGAAGCUCGAACUUGCUGCAUAAUUUCAAUAUUUUCGCUGAUAUGAUCACUGCUUGCACAAUUUUUGUACUGAUGCCAUGUUAAAAAAAAGCCUUACUGUAACAUUCUUGCUUUGUCCUACACAUAGCCUAUGAAGCAAACUGACCAUAGUCGAUAAAUGGCUAACACUUCAAUGUUUUUGUUUUAUGGCAGUACAGUGGGCUACACAGCAGUUUGCAAGCUAUGAACAUAUUUAUCCUCUAUUUUUUUUCCAAGAUGGAAAUUUGUCAGAAUCAAGAUGGUCUUUAUGGUCUAUUACAGGAUUUGUUGGCAGAUCUGUAAUUUUUUUUUUUUUUUUUUGUAAUUAUGUAUUUGUCGUAUUUGCCCAUUUGGUGCAACGCAUUCUGGAUCUAAUUUAUAGAGAAGCCAAAAUGAAAUUGAAUAAAACAUGAAUGCAUGGUUCGGGUGUAUAAACCAUAA